AUGGACUCUACGAAAGACGAGCCCUCUCGCCAGAAUCGCACUUUCUCCGGAAACACAACCAGCGUGAAGAAAUUUGGACACUUGCUCGCAUUCGCUCGUGCCCCAGUGGCAAUAUUCCGAGACCCUACCUGCAAGAAGCGCUCUGUAUCAAGCCCCGUCGCUGUCUUGCCUGGGCCCGCAGCCCGGGGUAGCUAUUACAUGAAAUACUACCAGUGCAACAACUCGUUUGUGAUUACCAAACCAACAGCGUUCGACCUGCAAAUGCCCAGCGCUCCGCAGUCGUCCGAGUCAACCGCGACGCCGACUAGCGGCAGCCAAACGCCGCCUUCAAACAACGGUGCGUCUGACACGCAACCAUCGACAAACGGAUCGCCACAGCUGCAAUCGGUCAACAUCAAGAAAGGCGAGCCCAUGGUAGACAUUGAUAUCGACAGCAAGAGCAUCUUUCCGACGCCGACUCUUUCGACUGCCAAUGUCGACCUUGAUGUCAAAUUGGCGCCUCCCGUCAAAGAUCCCGUCAAGGCGGUCACGGUAGAAAAAGAGGCUUAUGUGCCGGUGUUGUCUCCGCCUCGAGAGACAGCCCUUUCAGGAGUUCGCCCUGGGGACUGUCGUCUGAACAAUGGGCCAAAUGAUUCAACCGCACUUAUCACCAUACCUGAUAAACCGGUCGUUCUGGAGAGGCCCUCGGUAGUAACUGUGGAGCUGGCUGCUGCAGCCAAAAUAUUUCUCGAGAUACACUACAAUGAGCUCCUCCGUGGGCCGACACCCCGGGCUCUAAGGGCUUACCAUGUCGAGACUCAGCUUGUCAACGCAAGGAAUCUGACCUCUGGGGGGCGGCAAGCCUAUCUCGAAGCAUUUUAUCGAGCAGAAUCCUUCCACUUGAGGGAAAACCGCAUUCUCAAGGCAAGGAGCACCCGGUCUCUCCUCUUAGAUGAGGGCAAUGGACCCUCUCUUUUGCAUGCGUCAAUAUGCGCAGCCGACUUUGAGAUGCUCAAGAUCCUCGGCAAAGGAAGCUUCGGCACCGUCCGGCUCGUCCGUGAAAAGCCGACCGCGUUCGACAGUCCCGCGGUCGUCAAGGAAAAGCGCAAGCAGGUGUACGCAAUGAAAGUCAUCCGCAAGUCAGAGAUGAUUCGUUCGGGGCAGGAAGGCCAUGUACGGGCCGAACGUGACUUUUUGGUCUCAUCCGAAGGAUCAAACUGGGCUGUGCCACUGAUUGCAAGUUUCCAGGAUGUCGCCAACUUGUAUCUUGUCAUGGAGUACAUGCCUGGCGGUGAUUUCCUCGGUCUGCUUAUCCGAGAAAACAUUCUCGACGAAGCAGUUACCCGAUUUUACAUUGCAGAGAUGAUUCUUUGCGUUGAAGAAGCACACGCUCUGCAGUUCAUUCACCGAGACAUCAAGCCCGACAAUUUCCUGAUCAGCGCAUCAGGCCACUUAAAAAUCUCAGAUUUUGGCCUGGCAUUUGACGGCCACUGGAGUCAUGACUCUAAGUACUACAGCAGCACACGAUACUCGCUGCUUCAGAAUCUUGGCAUUUAUGUACCGGGCGAUGAGUUGGACCGACAGAAAGAUGAGAGUGUCGGAAGGCCCGGGACGAUGGUAUGCAGCAGCAGCAUGAUGUCAAGCUUGGAGAAACACCAGCGACCGCCAGAUGCCGACAACAAAGAGCCGAUUCUCCAGUGGCGGAACAGAUGCGGCAACCAUUAUUCGGCGACAAGCAUCGUCGGCACAAGUCAGUACAUGGCGCCAGAAGUCGUCAGGGGAGAAACCUACGACGGCCGCUGUGAUUAG